AUGUCCACAGACAAGUUCGUCGUGCCAAAAGUCGCAAUGUAUAACCCCGUCGAGCUCAAGAAAAUUUUGGACCUUGGCCUCGAGGAGAUUUUGAAGACCGACUACAAAUUCUCUCUCGACUUUUGGUACUCAAACACUGUCAUCGUGUGUAGUUUCAUAUGUUCCAUUCUUGGCGCUUUGGCUUGGUAUUACCCAAUACCCUGGCCACAAAGUUAUUGGCACAUCUUCGCCAUUAUCGUCAUAUACAUCGUGGUCGACGGAUACUUGACAUACAUUAUGUGGUACAAACACAAGGGAUUCGUGGCACAAACACUCCCAAAGGACAAGAAACCGUCAAUGGCGUUUUAUUCGGAAAUGGCUAAAUACUCGCCCUUGUUUGUUAUCACAAAAGUCGCUGAUGGAAAGAAAAGUGAGGUGAGCUUCGAGGUGAACAAGGUUUUCAACGAGGAGGGGAAGCUCUUGUUCGAUUUGUACGGCGCUUACAUUCAAAAGUUGGUGAAUUGA